UGCGCUUCCUCCAUUUUGUUGCCCGCUAUGGCGGCGGUGUAGAGGUUGGGCCCGGGAUGCGGCGCGUUUGACUGAGGGGGUAGGCCAGGCGGAGACAUCGGGGACAUCGUCGCGGCGCAGAAGAGAACCAGCCUGGACGCCGGGGACGCUGUCAUGUACGGCGCGACCGGAGGCCGCGCCAAAACCGAGAGGAAAAGCGGCGCGAAGGAGGAGGCCGGGCCGGGCGGUGCCGGCGGUGGGGGGAACCGAGUGGAGCUGCUGGUCUUCGGCUAUGCCUGCAAGCUGUUCCGAGACGACGAGCGGGCCUUGGCCCAGGAGCAGGGACAGCACCUCAUCCCCUGGAUGGGGGACCACAAGAUCCUCAUCGACAGAUAUGAUGGGCGCGGUCACCUGCAUGACCUUUCUGAGUGCGAUGCUGAGUAUUCCACGUGGAACAGAGAUUACCAGCUCUCUGAAGAGGAGGCACGAAUAGAGGCCCUGUGUGAUGAAGAGAGGUAUUUAGCCUUGCAUACGGACUUGCUUGAGGAAGAGGCAAGGCAAGAGGAAGAAUACAAGCGUUUGAGCGCGGCGCUGGCUGAGGACGGGGGCUACAACGCAGUGGGCUUCACUUACGGCAGCGAUUACUAUGACCCGUCCGAGCCGACAGAGGAGGAGGAGCCUUCUAAACAGAGAGAAAAACACGAGGCUGAAAGUUUGGAGGAAAACGAGGAGCCUUUCAUUGCCCCUUUAGGACUGAACGUGCCGUCUGAUGUGGAGCUGCCGCCAACAGCCAAGAUGCACGCCAUCAUCGAGCGCACGGCCAGCUUCGUGCGCAGACAGGGCGCGCAGUUUGAAAUAAUGCUGAAGGCCAGGCAGGCCCGCAACUCCCAAUUCGACUUCCUGCGCUUCGAUCACUACCUCAACCCCUACUACAAAUUCAUCCAGAAAGCCAUGAAAGAAGGACGGUAUACGGUACUGGCGGAAAACAAAAGCGAAGAGAAAAAGAAGUCGGGGGUCAGCUCUGACAACGAAGAUGACGAUGACGAGGAGGGCGGAAGUUACCUGCACCCAUCCCUCUUCGCUUCCAGGAAGUGCAGCCGCCUGGAGGAGCUCAUGAAGCCUUUGAAGGUGGUGGACCCAGAUCACCCCCUGGCGGCACUGGUCCGUAAAGCCCAGGCCGACAGCCCUGCCCCCACCGCACCCACGGCAGAGGGCACGGCCGCGCAGCCCUCCCAGGUGGAGUACACCGCAGACUCAACAGUAGCAGCCAUGUACUACAGCUACUACAUGCUGCCCGAUGGCACCUACUGCCUGGCACCUCCCCCUCCAGGGGUUGACGUAGCCACUUACUACAGCACCCUGCCGGCCGGGGUGGCCGUGUCCAGCUCCGCUGGAGUGACAGCCACGGCCCCGCCCCCUCCGGGGACCACGCCACCGCCCCCCCCAAGCACAGCAGAGACGAGUAGUGGGGUGACCUCCACCACCAUCACCACAAGUGCCCUUGCUUCCGUGGCCGCCAUCAUCCCCCCGCCCCCCGACAUUCAGCCCGUGAUUGACAAGCUGGCGGAGUACGUGGCCAGGAACGGCCUUAAGUUUGAGACCAGCGUUCGUGCCAAGAAUGAUCAAAGGUUUGAGUUCCUGCAGCCGUGGCACCAGUAUAAUGCCUACUAUGAGUUUAAGAAGCAGUUCUUCCUCCAGAAAGAAGGGGGCGAGAGCGCACAGGCCGUGUCGGCACCGGAAGAGGCUCCUGCGGAGUCGGCUCCUGACAAGCCGAGUGAUGUUGGGGAGGAUAGCGCGUCUGAAGACGUGGCCGACGCAGGGGGCAGAGGCGGCUCCUCGGGGAAGAAGGAGGCAUCGUGCAGCAAAGCCGUCCCCGACGGGAAGCUGGUGAAAGCUUCGUUUGCUCCGAUAAGCUUUGCAAUCAAGGCCAAAGAAAAUGAUCUACUGCCCCUGGAAAAAAAUCGUGUUAAGCUAGACGAUGACAGUGAUGAUGAUGAAGAAAGCAAAGAAGGCCAAGAAAGUUCUAGUAGUGCUACAAACACUAGCCCAGCAGUUGCCCCAGCCUGUGUAGUUGUUGAGGAGAAGCGGCCUCAACUCACCCAGGAGGAGCUGGAAGCAAAGCAAGCAAAGCAAAAGUUGGAGGACCGGCUGGCAGCUGCUGCCAGGGAAAAGCUCGCCCAGGCGUCUAAGGAGUCAAAGGAGAAGCAGCUCCAAGCAGAGCGGAAACGGAAAGCAGCUUUAUUUUUACAGACCUUAAAAAAUCCUCUGCCAGAAGCAGAAGUCGGGAAAGUGGACGAAAAUCCUUUCAACGUAGAGGUCCCGGUCCCGGUCCCCCCGGAGACGAGCGCACUCCCCCGAGAGACGGCGGGAGGACAGGAGUGUCCCGAGCGCCUACCGAAUGAGCAACAGCCCUGGCGUCAGCAGGAAGCGGACCCGGUCCAGGUGUCCACCAUCCUUGGACAAAUGAACCCAGCCAUCACCCAAACCUGCCUCAGAGACGCCCCUCCAUCAGCAAACAUCCUCAACAGGAGCAGUUCUUUUUUUUAAACAUCUUUAUUGGAGUAGAGUUGCUUUACAGUGUUGUGUUAGUUUCUGCUGUACAGCAAAGUGAAUCAGCUAUGUGUAUACAUGCAGGAGCAGUUCUGAAAGGCAUUUCUAACUGAAAAAUGUUCCUGCAGUCUGGCUAGUUAUGCAAUAGUUCCAUUAAAUGAUCAAAUGUCAUCUCUUUUUCUUAAAACAGAAAAAUCAGGAAAGGAGCUGUAAAACUGAUAUAUUUCAGCAAAGGCUUCAUGUACAGACUCACUCUGUCUGUUUAUAAAUUUCAUUUUGUGCCUUGGAACUCCCACACUGAGCAUACGUGACUGUUGCAGGAUAAAAUGAUGAAAAUUGAAGUCCGUUUUAAACUUUAUUCCUUAUGCAAGUAAUUGACAUUUGAAAUUUAUUGUCACCCUUGGUAUAUGUAAAGGGCAUGGUCUAAAAUUAAUUCCUUGUAGCCAAAGAUCUCUCCUAACAGAAGAGUUCUUGCUUUGCCCUCAAAUUAACCUUUGCAUCACAAGAGCGAUCACUAGAGAAGGUGGUGAUUAUGUUAGGAUUCAUCAGAGCUUGUGUUAUCAUCAGAACUUUAAUAAGUCAGACCGAAGAAGUUAAGAUUCAACUUACUGCAGGGCCUGGCUACCCUGCCCUGAUACGUGGGAUCAAGCCUGUGACCUGACUUCGGGGCCAUGAACAGUGGUGGACUCAGGAGGAACCCAGUAGAGGUGAACACGUGCACAGUUACUGGUCGACUUCCUGGGCUUGAUUGUAAACCCAGAGUUUCUGUAGGCCAAGAAUAUGUUCUGUUAGCAGGCGAGUUGUGUUAACCCAGCAGUCAGGCUGUGCCCUCCGUCCUUCUACUCAGAGCAGCUCAGGGGUCUCUGCUUCAGUGUGGCAGCAGGUGACUAGCUCGUCCACCAAGUCAGGGUCACUUUAAUCCUGUCAGGUCACCCCAACUGAGGGGAAAG